UUAACGAGUGCGUUGUCAGAAAUGUCUAGCCAAGUCUCCAGAAUAAAUAAGCAUUUUGUUCUCCCUCCUAUCAUUUGUGACAGCGAUAGGAAAUUUUUGGAAAGCAUGCAGAGAUACAUAAUUACUGAAAUGGACAAAGUGGGCUGUACCGAAGAAGGACCUGCCGAGGAGUAUUUCAUCAUAUACAAAACCGUGUUUGACAAGAUAAUAGAGUACGUAAGUGCCUACAAAAACAUCCUCACUUCCGUCAAAAAAGAAUACGACGCCGUCAUUGAUACACUGAAACAAAACCAAAGAACUGCAUUUUGUCUUCACGGGAAGCUGAAGGCUUUCGCAGCGGAGCCCACGACGUUGAUCUAUCACAGGAAAAGAGCGGUCCAACUUGCAAUGAAAAUUCGGAUUAUUGAAAAAAAUUCCAUGAAAAUCCAGCAUGAGAUAAUAAAAAAAGAGUUAAGGAGGAAGAACACAAUAAGGGAAAUAAAAAGUUCAAAAAAGGAUAUUAACCCCUCACAGCCCAUUCCAGGCCUGUCUUGGCAAGAAUCCUUCAAUUUAGACUCCCUCACCGAGUACCUCCGUCGGCUUGAAAAGAAAUACGCAGACUUGGAAUUCAGCAUAACACGUUAUAUCCCGGCUCAGCGAAAAGCCAGCCUCGAUGAGGAAGUCAUCCGGGCCCUCAGUCGGCGGGAUGCAGCCGAGGCCCUCAACGUUCGCUUGAAAUUUCGUUACAAAAGGAUGCUGGCGACUGAAAAAGCCCUUAGGGAUUGGGAUCCUGCUGGGGGCAUCUCUCUUCUGGACUACAUAACCCAAGCUCUGGAAGAUGAGAGCUAUUUCCAAGAUGACCAAGAGGAUGACGAUGCUGCCCACUUAAUUGAGGAUGAUCCGAGCAAGGCUAGAGAAGCUGAAGAUUUGCUUGACUACAUUGAAAGGUUCCAUGAGCUGUUUUCGCAGGGUCAGUAUGAAGUUGCUGCACUCUUUGCGAUAAAUUCUCCGAGAGGAAUCCUUCGAAACAUAGAGAUUAUGAACAUAUUUAAAGGUGUUGGCAAACCGAAAGGGGAGGUUCUCCCGUUACUGCUAUUUUUCGAGGCACUCUUUAGCACGAGCCGCGCGGUCAAACGCCCUGUCGAUGCCGUCUUGACGCUAGAAGGAAUUAAAUGUGCGCUCUCUGAGAAACGGUUAGACCUCGUUAUACACUGGGUUACUCAGCAAAGGCUGACGUUUUCUGAAGAAACCGGAGACGUGAUUUACAAUUACGAAGCGCACAAUCUCUACAACAGGGCCAAGUGUCUGGCUCUAGCUCAGAUCGUCUACAGUGAAUGCGCGGUGCCCAGGAAAGCCGCCCUUUGCAUGUGCAAACAGGGCCAAAUCUAUGGAGCCGUGAAAUAUAUACAGCAAGUCCAGAAUUUCUCUUUAGAUGACUUCAUAUUCCUAAUCAAGAACUGCCCGAGCAUCGAAUUAGUUAAAUGCCUGACUCAAGGGAGGAAUGGGAAACAAGGAGCACUGUCUUUCGGCCUUGUUAUUCUCAUCCUUCUCUCUAGUGAGCUGAAAAAAUUGGGAUUUCAGGUUCUCCUAGAAGUAUCUGCGGGUGGAAAAAGUUCCCUGGAGGAGAUUAUGUUAAGGGAUACCGUCUGCAUGGUAGAAGGGUGGAAGGAAAUCGCAGACGCCUGUUUAGCCAACGGCCACCCAAAACUGUCUCAGGAAAUCCUGUCCGUCCUCGUAGCUCAAGAGGGAGUGAUUGAAAUUUUGCCGGAUGACGAUGCCACAAAUUUAAUGGAGCACGUUCUUUGGUAAUUCCACGUCCCGAGCAGUUCAGGGAGCCUUGCCAGCAUUUUCCGGCCAAAGCUUACCCCCUCAAUAACAAAAAUAAAAUUGUCACCCGACUGUGAUAAUACAUUUAUGGGAAUAGCCGAAAGAAUAUCUACCAGCAUCCCUGCUUUUCUUUCCCCGCGUCUGUCUCUUUUGGGUA